AUGGCACAAUCUCUUGGACCCGAAGCGAUUCAAGCGCUUGGUGAGGGUAGCAAUCUUGCGCAAGGACAAUCUUUCUUCAAAAACUAUAGCGAUAUCCUAACAUCACCAACCCCCCCCACUUGCAUCUUUGUAGAGUUGAUCGACAAGCACCGACGCGCCAGCAAGAACGAACUCUACCGCCAAGUAAUCCGAAGAGAGUCAGAGAUCGCUCUGUUUGUGGACACCAAGUCGAAACUGGCCACCUUGCGAGAAAUCGUUCAGAGGGAUCUGGGAUACCCCGUCAUUGUCAAGCACCCCCGGCUUGCCUACUUGCGCAACAACACUGUCGGUGCUCCGAGCAAGAAUCUUGGCACUCCUGGCACCCCGCUCCCUCUUGCACAGGGCCAACUUCCUCGCCCCGAGUCUCGUGUUCUCCUUAUCUUGAUUGGCCUUUCAUAUGCUUUCCUUUUCUGUCUCCUGCUUUCAUACUUGUUUUAG